AUCGCCAUGUCUGGCGCAGUAAAUACAGUGGCGCAGUUUCGUAACGGCGGAGCGCGAUUUUCAAACACUUCCGUCACCGCUUUUGCAGUAUCGAGUUCUCUGCACACGAUUCUCGCUGAUUUUCAGCCGUUUUUCGGUAACUGAAUUUUUGAAAAAUUGGAUCACACCAUGAGUCUCUCUGGAAACAAGCGUGAUCAGCACAGUGUCAGCAAAAGGCUUCAAGCAGAACUGAUGACAUUGAUGACUUCUGGAGAUAAAGGCAUCUCUGCAUUCCCCGAUGGUGACAACCUCUUUAGCUGGGUGGCUACCAUCUCUGGUGCUGCCAACACGGUGUACGAGGGAAUCGAGUUCAAGCUGCGCUUGGAGUUCUCCAACAACUACCCGUUCUCGGCGCCCACCGUGCGCUUCACGUCGCCCUGCUUCCACCCGAACGUCGAUCAGCAGGGCAACAUCUGCUUGGACAUCCUCAAGGAGAAGUGGUCGGCGUCGUACGACGUGCGCGCGCUGCUCCUCUCCAUACAGAGUCUGCUUGGCGAGCCCAACAACAGCAGUCCGCUGAACGUGCAGGCGGCCGACCUGUGGAGCGACCAGAGCCGCUUCCGGCAGAGCGUGCUCGAGCGGUGCUCCAGCUGCGUGCGCCAGUCGUGACGGACGUACCGCCAGCAGGCGCGGCCAGGUGCGUCCCUGACCGUCCCGGACCAUGGGGCGUGUCUGGUCUCGGACCGUCUGGUCCCGGACCCCUGGACCGUCUCUGGUCCCAGAUCUAGGGACAGUCCCUGGGCCCUGCCGCCGUUCGGGGAGAGUUCGGAUAGGCUGGUGAGGCAGCGCUGACAAGGCGGCGCAUCGGUUCCUUGUGUUGUCUCUCAUCGGCAGUGCCAGAAGACCACUGCUUUGUUGGUAAUUCUGGCGCCUUGGAGCCCGGGUCCGACCUUAGCCCAGUCUCGUAGGCACUGCCUCGCGAACCUGUCCAUAUAUGGUGUUUCCGAGAUGUUCUCAUUGCUCAUCCCCAUACGUAGUUUUUCGGUUAUGAUUCCACGGAUGGCCAAUUCUCGAUUGCAUUGUAGAGCAUGUGCGCCUUGUUUUGACUGUCUUUGACUUUUCCUAUACGUCUCCGUUUUUUUAUGCAACAUCACUUAUGUCUAAUGAACUGCCUAACAAACUUUCCAUACAUUUAAGUACGCUUGUGUAAUUUUCACGCCCUUGACAGUGAUCGGAUAGGCCACUUCUAGCGGUAUUUGAUACAUAUUUGGUAAAAUAUUUGCAUAACUGCAUACGGAAUGGUUGCGUGGGUUUCGGUCUCAGUCACGACGUAUACGACGCGGAAUUGAUAUUAAUUUGUGUGUGAAUUAGACUAUAUCUGGCUCUUUGUGCGGUGCGCAGUUAGGCUCAGUUAGGCUCAAUAACUCACCAAAGAACCGUGCUCGACUAGCAUUUCACUAUGCAUCUACGAUCGAUACGAAUGCAAUAAAACGAUCACAUAACUAAA